AUGGCAUCGCGAAAAGCCGCGGAACUGAAUCACCCAGCGUCAGACUCCUUAGCCUUCGCUCUCGAUUCCAACGGUCAAACCUCUCUCGAGUCGGCUGCUGCUCCUCCCUACUAUAGCCCCGCUGGAUCCGAGGGUUUCCCAGCAAGCCUCCUGUCGCCCGGAUUCGGCGGCUCGAACGACGACGACGAGGAGUCGCUCCUGAAUCGACUCGGCUUCUCCGCGUCGCCUCCUUCCCCUCCAUACCCCGGCACCGCUGCUUACGCCGCUGCGGAUGCCGCUGGUGGUGCUGAUGCGGAUGGUUUAGGAAGGGUAACGGGGGCAGCGGAGGGCGGGGUAGGAGGAGGGAGGGAAAGAGGAGCGGCGGGGCCAGGAGCGGGGAACCGCGAAGGCUAUGCAGGGGGAGGGGCGGGCUUAGGAGGCGGGGGAACGUCGGCGGAAGCGUCGGGGGGAGCUUCAGUGCUGGGGGACGCGGGGGCGUGGGCGGGCGUAGGCGGCGUCGGCGGCGGAGGGGCGUCGUUCGCGGGGCUGCAGCGCGCGGGCAUGCUGUCGCGCGAGCAGCUCAUGGCGUUCUUCCGCGCAUUCACCGCGCUGCUCGACUCCAAAGGUAUCCGCCACGCUCCCUCCCCACCCACCCUUUCCCCUUCACCCCUCCCCCCGCUUCACCCCAUCUCCCCCCACCUUACCCUUCCUCUCUUGUUGUUCUUCCGCGCAUUCACCGCGCUGCUCGACUCCAAAGAGGCACGGGCACAGAUCAAGAGCAGCGUGCAGGAGGGCAAGUCCGCAUCCUCGGUGACUCGUCUGUUGAAGGAGCAGGUUCUGCUCGACAUGGGGAUAGAGCCGCAGUUCGGCAUGACAUGUCUGCGGGCCGUCCCUCUAGACUACAGAGAGGACAGAGACAUGGUGCUGCGCAUCUGCCACAUGCACGCCAGGGAGGAGGCAGCAUGUGACGAGGCGGAGUUGACACCACUGGCCCUGGCACAGAAGAAGAUGCAGAUGCAGCUCAUGCAGCAACAUCAACUGACGGUGCUGCAGCAUGUGCGCACGCUGCCAGUGGACGAGCAGAGGGCGUUCCUGCAGUCCGUGCAGGGCAGUGUGCAGCACGCACAGGAGCAGCGUGCGCAGGGGAAGGAGAAACCGCUGGUUCAGAGAGACGUGUGGGAGACGCUGCUGCAGCAGUGGCAGAGGCAGUUCAACCAGACGUGCUGA